CCUUACUCGGACAUGCUUCCUCUGCUUGGUGAGUUUAACUCAGAGAGUGUUGAGGAAGAACCUGAUCCUGAGGCACACUUAGACUUAGACUUAGAGCAGCUGGAUGGCCUGAAGCUGUCCAAAGUGACAAUGGAUGAGCAGAUCAGCACCAUUGCAGUCAACCUCAAAGUGUCCCAGGAGUUGUUGCAGCAGGCCAGAAGGAGCCUGGACACAGUGGAGGACGAACUGGACUCAGUGACCGGGCUCGGAGAUGCUUCUCCCUGUGUCCAUACACUCUCUCAUGCCUCCUCCAUCUCUUCCUUCUCCAUGUCCUCCACAAAUCUUUCUGGAGCAAGUACUGCUGUUGGACCACAUUCAAAGUGGUACAGUCUCUUACCGCACAGGGGGGAUCAUUGGGCAAAGAACCUGGAGGCACAGCUCCAGAGUGGAGAUUGGGAACUGCUGAGCCAAGAAGAGCGGUCUUUAUGGCUGAGUCACUAUCCAGCUGAGCAGGACUGGCUGCUGCCUUUGCUUUCCUCAGGUUGCUACAUGAAAGAGAGCCGUUCAUUGGGAGCUGAUCACAGCACAGCGGAGCUGAGCCAGUACAGGUCAGCUCUGGACGACAGCCUUCUCAACAUCCUCUCUAGGAAGAAGCAGCAGACAUCCAGUUCACAAGAAGAGGCAGACAUUACAGUAGAGGUGUGCAGACCAGCAGCUAGUGGGAGUCUGGAUACUCAUGACACCAACUAUGAGAGUUUUCCAAACAACUGUGAAAAAAUGAACACUGGUCCUAGUGUCCAUGUAACACAGGCACAGUAUACAUCCAACACUAUCAU